AUGUGGCUACCUAUCAUCAUCGCAUUCAUACUCAUAUCAUUAUCAUCACUCUACAUAAUCCUCUUCAUCCUCUCAUCGCGCAUCCUUCCUCCUUCACCUUCAGAACUCACAUUCCUCACUGCCUCUUCCCCCAACCCUCAGCCUCUUCCCUCCCUCUCCUCCCCCGCAUCAUGCGCACUAUCAGUAAUAAUCCCCGCAUAUAACGAAGUACUCCGUCUUCCCAAAAUGCUAGACGAAGCCAUCCCCUACCUCGAGGAGCAUCAUUCAUCUCGCGCAGCGCGUGCGGCGGAAGAAGAGCUCCAAGCCUCCGAGCCGGUGGAAGAUCACCCAGUCGUACAGGGACAAGAAGGAUACGAGAUCCUCAUCGUCGACGACGGCAGCAAAGACGCUACCACCGCCAGCGCGCUCUCCUACGCAAGCGCUCAUCCCACCAUCCCCAUCCGCGUUGUCACCCUAGAGAAAAACCGCGGAAAGGGCGGGGCGGUCAAGCACGGCGUGCUCCAUUCCCGCGGCGCUAGGAUCUUGUUUGUAGAUGCGGACGGGGCGACCAAGUUUGAGGAUCUGAGGAGGGUGUGGAAGGAGUGUGCAAGGCUGGAGAGGGUAGGGGCGGGGUAUGCGUGUGUUGUCGGUAGCAGGGCGCACUUAGUAGGCACGGACGCAGUGGUCAAACGCUCCCUGAUAAGGAACAUUCUCAUGCACGGCCUGCACACCAUCCUGCGCACGCUCGGCGUCGGCUUCGUCCAAGACACGCAAUGCGGGUUCAAGCUCUUCUCCCGCCCUCUAGCGCAGCUCCUCUUCCCAGCUCAACACGUCACUCAUUGGAUGUUCGACGUCGAGCUUCUCAUUCUAUGCAGUAUGCUCCGCGCCCCUGUGGCUGAGGUACCGGUCGGAUGGCACGAAGUGGGCGGGAGCAAGAUCAGGUUGGUGUGGGAUAGUCUGGGCAUGUUGAAGGAUUUACUGGUUGUGAGAGCGAAUUAUGCGCUGGGGACGUGGAGGGUGCCUAGGAUGCCUAGGAUGCCUAAGGGGGAGAUGAAUGGCAGGGCGAAGUAG